AUGAUUGUAUUACUUACCUUUUUGCUAUGUCAUUUAACAUUAAUAAAUAGUAUCUUAUCACCAGAAGAAUAUGACUUUUAUUAUGAUCCAAAAACAAAGAAUAAGGAAGUAAGAGAAAAACGUUCUACAAAUGAUGAGAAAAAAGCAAAAAAUUUAAUUGAUCAAUUUCAAAAUACUGGUAAUAAAAAGAAAAGAGAAAUAGCAAGUACUGGUGAUGAAAAUUUUGAUAAAACUCAGGAAUACUUUAACAAAUUAUCAUUAGAUAAAAAAUUUGAAUUUAUGAGAAAAAAUGUUCAUGAAAUUGAGCAUAUCAUAGAUGAAAGUAAAUUAAUUAAUCAAGUAGGUCAUUCCAAAAUUCGUAGCAAUAGAUUAGAUGAACAAAAAAUAAACAGAGAAAAAGAAAUUAACAGUGUUAGCAAUUUUAUGAGCUUUCUUUUAUUUAUUGGAUUAAUAUGUUGUUUCAUAUAUUGUAUUUAUCUUAUGCUUAUUGGAUGUAUGACAGUUCCUCCACAACAAUCAACAACACAUAUUCUUCAUGAUUCUACUGUUACCAGAGGACCCACAACUAUCUAUCCUGUACCACCACCAACAUAUACUAGUAUUUUAAAUAAUCCCCCAAAUAAAGAUUAA